AAUGUCAUUAUAAGAACUUGAAAAAUCCCUAGAGCUUCAAGAUUUGACUUAGGCUUUUAUUUAUAAAGAUUUAAUUAGUCCAUCUAUCGCUAAUGCCUUUUGCUACACUCUUCAACAAAUGCCUGCUGCAAUAACUAUUUAUUUUUUAGAGCAAACUUAAAAUUAAUUACAUGUAGCAACAUUUGGAGUUGGAACUAUUUUUUAUUAAGCCUUUGGAUUUAGUGUUAUGAAUGGAAUAGCUAGCGUAUUAGUUUGAUUAAGCAUAGGGUUUAUAAGCAUUGGCUUCAUAAGCUAUGGGUGCAUAAAAAUUUUAAUUUUGUGGUAAAUUGUAUUAUCAGUCAAUUUUCAUUUGUCUUAUUUUAAUUAUACCAGUAGCAAUAAUCCUAUAUUCAUCAGAGGAUAUAAUGCUGUUCAUUAAAAUGUAUAGAUAUAUUAAUUUUAGUGAUUAAGAAUUGGCUGAAGCAACAGGUCUCUUAAAUAAAGGCAUGAUCUCAGUAAUAUUAUUUGAAGGAAUAUUUGCAUAAACAAAGGCUUUUCUAAAUGCUUAGAACCUUUAUCAGUAUUAAAAUUUAUAUAUUUUUAUAAUAGCCUUUCAGUAUAUACUCAUUUUACAUCCUGUUUCUUAUCUUUGUUAUUUAAUUACUUUUUUAUAUCAAUUUUAGAAAUGGAAUUAUUAGGUGGUAUUAUUGCUAGAAAUCUAUUAGAAAUAAGCAAUAAUUUGAUAGUAGUUUAUCUCAUAAAGGUAUUAAAUAAUAUAUUAUAAUAAAGAGAUUGAAUUGUUGUAAAGAAACUCUGAUAAAAUUUGAAUGGAAAUUAUUAGAUGGUUCAUUCAAAUUCUUUAAAACUGCUUUGCCAAUAGGAUCAAUAUUUUGGUAUGAAAGUAUUUGUUUUGAACUAUUUUAAAUCCAGGUGAAUUAUUUACCAUCUUUGUUACUAAGUUUAAAUGUCUUAAUGUACACAGUAGCAUUACUUGUUUAUUAAUUCAGUUAUGGAAUAUCUAUAGCUGCAACUACAUUUGCUGGAAAUGCUAUGGGAGCAAAAUCAGCCAAAUUAGCAAAAUAAUAUACAAUUGGAUCGUUUGUUUUGCUAGGAGGAUUUUUAAUUAUAUGUCUGAUACUAAUUAUUGGUUUCUAAUAACAAAUUAUUUAAUUUUUGACUUCAGAUGUGGAAAUGGAAGAACUCUUCAUAAAAUUUUUACCUGUUUUAUUAAUCUAAAUUGUGGCUGAUGGUGUUUAAGCCAUAGUUUCUGGUAUUGUAAAGGUAAUAGGAAAAGAACACUUUGCCUCUUAAUCUAUGAUGUUUUGUUAUAUUGUAUUUGGAUAACCAGUAGCCUACAUAAUGACUUAUGUAUUAGAUUAUGAAUUAGCAGGAGUUUGGUGGGGAAUGAUUGUUGCAGCUUCUACAUAUUCUUUCUUAUAAAUAUAUAUUAUGUUGAAAAGUGAUUGGCAUCAUUUGUCAAAUGAAAUAAAUGAUAAAAUCCAUUCUAUGGGUGCUCAUCAUAUUGAAACAGAAUUGUAGUUAUUAGAUAAACCUUGA